CUAUCUUUUAAUGGCAGAUAUUCAAAUAAUUUGUCAGAUCUUGUGACAAAGAGUGCAUACAACAAAAAAAAACAUUCCAGUGAAAAGUUUUGGUUCUUCUUUGUUCAGUAUUACUAUUAUACCAUCAUGCACUUAGUCAUAAAUGUUUAAAAAAUACUUCUUCCUCUUUUCUGCUCUUCCUUCUUGUCUUUCAGAGUGAUGUCCUUUAUCGAGAAAAGCGUGGCUCGCCUGGACCAGCUGGAGAGACUGGAGGCUCUUGCUCUGGAGCUGGGAAAAAGCCAUUAUCACUACAAUGCUCCACCCAAAUACUUCAGUUAUGUUGGAGCAGAAUUCAUCUGUGCAGUGCAGCCCAUCCUGAAGGAGAGGUGGACAGCUGAGCUCGAGGAGGCUUGGAAGACCAUGUUCCAGUACGUCACCAGUCUGAUGAAGCAGGGAUACCACGAGGAGAGCAGCCGGCAGCGGCACCUCACGCUGUCCCCGAAGGACAGACCAGAGAAGAGCAACACAGCGCUAUGAGACGCUUCUUCUCUAACUUCACCACUCAAGACUGUUUCCACCAGAACAGCACAGAAAUGUGUCCCUGUAUAUAAUGUAUUUUAGCGUCUUGUUUUCUACAUUGCUCAUGUUUAUGACAGUCAUUUGUGAUCUAAAUCAAGGACAGACAAAGACACCGCAGACUUUAAACGAUGCACUUUAUUUGUGAACUUAAAUUCUGCUGCAGAUGUGAUGAUGAGACAGGACAAUUGACUGAUAACAUGUAGCAGCUGUGGAUAAACCUGCCUUGUAUUUGUUAUCAACAGAAAUGAAUCAUAUAAUUACAGCCAAAUCUGUCUCUUUAACUCAAAAAAAUCUAAUAUUUCUUGUGCUAUUUAACUCAAUCAUAACAAUCGUUGAAAUAACAACAUUAACUGAAUCUAUACUGUACAUUGUAUUGGUGUUAUACAAAUUAAGACGUCCAGUUUAAAAGCUUGGCAUGGGGAUGUGAUUCAAAAAGAAGAGGGCACAUAAUUGUACAAGAAACAAAUUAAAAAGUAAAAACUUAAAAUACAGUUUCAUCUCCAAACACCAAGCUAUGUCAAACACCGUGAAAUUUGACAAAAUAAAAAACAGAAGACCUGA